CUGCACCUUAUUGUACAUACACAUUUGUUGUUGCAAGUAAUUAUUCCGAGGUAGGUGACGCCCUUAAAUUAGUCUCAAGCUUGCAUUAGCCCACCGGCAACCACCAAUUCUCUCUCUCUCUAGCUUGGAGAAAAACUAGAGAGAAGUAAAUUAAUUGAAUUUGACAAUGGGGGAGGAGAAGACGAAAUCGACUGGAGUUUGGCCCACUGUGAAGCCAUUCGUUAAUGGCGGUGCCUCUGGUAUGCUGGCGACCUGUGUUAUUCAACCAAUCGAUAUGAUAAAGGUCAGAAUACAACUGGGCCAGGGAUCAGCUGCUGAUGUGACACGAAACAUGCUUAAAAAUGAGGGGUUAGGGGCUUUUUACAAGGGUCUAUCUGCUGGCCUUCUUAGACAAGCUACAUAUACAACUGCUCGGCUUGGAUCUUUUAACUUAGCUAGCUUUUCAGCUAGUUUGACCAAGAUAUCGUUGUGUUGUGUCAUUGAAAUUUUGAACCAUUUCAAUACUUUCAUAUUGAUGCUGACGAACAAAGCAAUAGAGGCCAAUGAUGGGAAACCGUUACCUCUUUACCAGAAGGCUCUAUGCGGAUUGACAGCUGGAGCAAUUGGAGCAUGUGUGGGCAGUCCUGCUGAUUUGGCGCUCAUCCGCAUGCAGGCGGAUGCCACUUUGCCUGCUGCCCAAAGACGUAACUACACAAAUGCAUUUCAUGCACUCUCUCGUAUCAUUGCUGAUGAAGGCGUUUUAGCUCUGUGGAAAGGUGCUGGCCCAACUGUUGUGAGGGCUAUGGCCCUUAAUAUGGGUAUGCUUGCUUCUUAUGACCAAAGUGUGGAGUUUUUCAAGGACUCUCUUGGUUUUGGAGAGGCUACUACAGUAGUAGGGGCCAGUACCGUGUCAGGAUUUUUCGCUGCAGCCUGUAGUUUGCCAUUUGAUUACGUGAAGACCCAAAUACAGAAAAUGCAGCCAGAUGCUGCUGGGAAAUAUCCUUACACUGGUUCACUGGAUUGUGCCAUGAAAACCCUCAAGGCUGGUGGACCCUUCAAAUUCUACACUGGUUUUCCAGUGUAUUGUGUUAGGAUUGCCCCUCAUGUCAUGAUGACUUGGAUCUUCCUCAACCAAAUCCAAAAAUUUGAGAAAUCUAUUGGGUUGUAAUUCUUCAAAGUGGAGAAAGGGGUGUGUUGGGAUUUUGAGUUUUCGCAUAAUAUGACGUCAAUGUUUGUAUUAUUUUUUGCUGGAUUAUUGUAAUUUUACAGGGACCAUGGGAAAUUUUUUGUAUUGAACAAAUCCAGAUUAUUGCAUGCUAGGAUAUAAAAAUUUUUGGUUU